UUGUGCCUGAUUUUGAGAGCUAACAGAGUGUCCGACGUAUCAGAACAAAGACAAUGAUACGGGUAUGACACCUUCUCGAGGAAUGGCAGAGGUUGGGCAGGGUGCCAAAGGAAAUACCAAAAUGAUUAGAUCAGAUCGGUUCAUUCAUCAUUGUAGACGGUGAUAAAGUUUUGGAUUACACAGCAAAAAAUAGAAUCAUGAGGGCAUUCUUGAGGGGCCAAAUUACAACAAGGAGCAUUCUUUGGGGCUCAUAUGGAAAUUUAGCCCUGAAAUGAGGUUCCCGCAUUUGCCUUUUCUUCUUCGUAGCGUCCACUCAGACAAUGCCACUAACCUUCAGUUCAGCUGCUGGAACGACAAGAUGCAGCCACUGCUCCGUCGUACCAAGUACAUCAUCCGCCAUCUCUCCGCCCGAUUCACCACCGCCUCUGUCGCCGGUUCGGCGUACGACCCACCGCUUAGACUCGCCUCCACCUCUGCUGUCCGGUGGCUGACUCCGACUUGCCCUCACCGUCACCAGCAGGUCCGCUACAAAUGGGACGGGACUGACUACGACCAUAUAAGGGCCGACGUGAACUGCCCCCGAUGCUCGCGCCAAAUGCCUGUUAUAUUCUCCACGCGCCCCCUCUCCAUCACCGCCCGGGAGCCCGGCGUCUUCCAGGCCCUUAACCUGUGCCCUAACUGCAGAACGGCUUUCUACUUCAGGCCGUACAAGCUGGAGCCCCUGCAGGGCAGCUUCAUUGAGAUAGGUAGGGUCAAGGAAGAGUGUAUGAGUAGGGACUAUGAUCAGAAAGAAGAAAGCUGUGGGGAGUCAUCUGAGCAUGGUGAGGAGGUGAUGCAGGAAAGUGAAGGUUGGGGAGGCGCGACUUUGGGGAAGAAGCUUCCCACGCCGAAGGAUAUAUGCAGGGGCCUCGAUGAUUUUGUUAUCGGGCAAGAAAGAGCCAAAAAGGUUCUUUCUGUCGCCGUAUACAACCAUUACAAAAGGAUACACCAUGCUUCCCUGCAGAAAGAGUCAUUCGCGAAGUUGUUUAGUAGUGAUUUUGAUGAUGACGACAGUGAUGGGCAUAAUCAUAAUGAAGAUGAUUCUCAUGCUUCAGUUGAGCUAGAGAAGAGCAAUGUUCUAUUGUUAGGUCCCACUGGCUCUGGGAAAACAUUGCUCGCCAAAACACUUGCACGUGUUGUCAAUGUCCCAUUUGCCAUUGCUGACGCGACGGCUUUAACACAGGCAGGUUAUGUAGGGGAAGAUGUUGAAUCAAUAUUGCAUAAGCUGCUUGCGGAUGAUCCUUUUUUGUCAAUCCCAUGCACCCUUUCCUUAACUUAUGGACCGCAGGCUGCUGACUUCAACGUGGAAGCUGCUCAGCAAGGAAUUGUCUACAUUGAUGAGGUGGACAAGAUAACAAAAAAGGCUGAGAAUGCAAAUAUUGGUAGAGAUGUAUCUGGGGAGGGUGUCCAACAGGCACUGCUUAAAAUGCUGGAAGGAACUGUUGUACAUGUUCCAGAUAAAGCAUCUCGUAGGCAUUUUCGUGGAGAGACCAUUCAGAUAGAUACAAAAGAUAUUCUCUUCAUAUGUGGCGGGGCAUUUGUUGAUCUUGAGAAGACUAUUUCAGAAAGACGUCAAGAUUCCUCUAUUGGAUUUGGAGCGCCAGUGCGGAGAAACAUGAGAAUGGGUGGAUCAGUUGAUACAACUGUGGCUUCAUCACUAUUACAAUCUGUUGAAAGUGAUGAUCUCAUUGCUUAUGGUCUCAUUCCCGAGUUUGUUGGGAGGUUCCCAGUUUUGGUCAGCUUAUCAGCAUUGACGGAAGACCAACUAGUUCAGGUCCUUACGGAGCCGAGAAACGCUCUUGGCAAGCAGUACAAGAAGAUGUUUCAGAUGAACAAUGUCAAAUUGCAUUUUACGAAAAAUGCAUUGAGGUUAAUUGCUCAGAAAGCACUGGCAAAGAACACCGGUGCGCGGGGACUGAGGGCUCUGUUAGAAAAUAUUCUUACAGAAGCUAUGUUUGAGGUUCCAGAGGAUAGUAAGGGGUUCAGCGGUGUGAGUGCAGUCUUGGUCGAUGAAGAGUCUGUGGGUUCAUUGGAAAGGCCAGGUUGUGGAGCGAAAAUUAUCUACAGAGAGUUGCAAAAUGAAGCUAUUUCUUCAUAAAAGGAGGUUGGGGCAUAUCUUGGUGACUGCAGAUCAGUGUGAAUACAAGGAAUUGACGCUGCACAGAGCCGCGGGCGUCUUUGCACAGGAAAUCCCGACCGUUGAAGAUAAAUGCCAGGCCAUGUUCGAUGUUCUGGAGCUGAUUGAUGGCCGUCCUCUGUCUAGCCAUCAUGGUUGCCGUGAUGGAAUGCCUUGCUCUGCGCAAAAUUCUCCCCCCGUUGAUAAUUCCUGGAUGGUGAUUGUAUAUAAAUUCUCCUGUGUCCAUUUUUGUGAAGAUUGAAACUUUCUAAUGUUUAGUUUAAGGUUAAGAUCUUCACCUUUCUCAAUCUCGUAACUUGUCAUCUCCUUCACUCCGAGGAAUUGAACUUCUUCAUCUGUGGAGUUCACGGUCUCGUCUGUUAAUUUUGAUAACGCUGGACAGUUACCACUGCUAUUGCUCGAUCAUGUUGAAAUGAGUGUACAUAGUGACUCUGCUGAGACUUCUGACUU